CAUAAGAGAGAGAGAGAGAGAGAGAUGAGUCCCACAACAAUCUGUCCCCGCUGAUAGACAAAACUGCCACCGCCAAUAAUGCUUUGGGACCUUACAAAUCAGACAAUUUCUCUCUCUUUUUUCUAUCUCUCACACAGCUUCAAAUGUAUCUGCUACCAUAUCAUAUCAUAGCAUAGCAUAUCUCUUGUAACCCCAGUUGAGAAGUUUCCACCUUUCAUUUCUUACCUCUACUAUUUUCCAUCAACACUGUGUUCUGUAUUUCAGCUUCUAAGUUCUAACAACAUAUUUUCUCUCUCUCACUCACUACAAAGCAUUUAUUAUAUAUUCCAUAUAAGAGAGACUUUUAAAUACAUCAUAAAAACAAAAGAAUAUUUAUUUUAGGGGGUGUGUUACUCAUAUGGGGUCUUGUUCUGUUUCUUCUUUAGGAUUUACAUUUAUUACCAUUCUUUUGUUAGUAUAAAAAUCAUUAACCAUACGGAAUGUUGGUCACCCUCAUUGAACUCUAAGCUAAGAAAAACAGCAAAAGCAUUAAAUUUUUAAACAUCACUUCUCAACUUUCAUGGAAAGGCUUCAAGGACCCAUCAAUUCUUGUUUCUUUGGUGAAGUGAAUUAUUUGGACCAAACAUUACUUGAUGUAGAAAACUUAAGAUUUGAAGAGGAAGAACAAGAACAAUUUCUCAUAUCAAGUUUAGAAGACAACAUGCCAUUUCUUCAAAUGCUUCAAAGUGUUGAGUCUCCAAAUUUUUUCCCUUUGAAAGAACCAAACUUUCAAACACUUUUGAGGCUACAACAACAAAUGAAGAAACCAUGGGAAGAUAAUACACAAGUUCAAACAGCAUUGGAAUUUGAAAGCUGUGUAACACAUGACAUGUUAGAGAUGCAAUACUCACCAGUUAAAUCAGAAAGCAAUGAACUUCAAAACAAAAUUUCAGCUUCAUGCAUUGAGAAAUUGAGCUAUGAGUGUAACCAAAAAGAACCAGCAAAAACACCACAAACAUGUCUCAAAUCUCAAACAACAAGGGAAAAGAGAAAGAGAAAGAGAACAAGACCAAUUAAGAACAAGGAAGAUGUUGAGAAUCAACGUAUGACACAUAUUGCUGUUGAAAGAAACAGAAGACGCCAAAUGAAUGACCAUCUUAGUGUUCUUAGGUCCCUCAUGCCACCUUCAUAUAUUCAAAGGGGUGACCAAGCAUCAAUAAUAGGAGGUGCAAUAGAUUUUGUGAAAGAGUUAGAGCAAUUGCUUGAAUCCCUUGAAGCACAAAAAAGGAUAAAAAAGAAUGAUGAAGAGGUUAGUUAUUCAAGUAGUUUGUCAAAACCAUCUUCAUCAACAGAUAGUUAUGGAAUGAAGUUAUCAUCUUCUGAAGAAAAUGAAGUGAAGGCGGAAAACAAGUCAGAAGCAGCAGAUAUAAAAGUCACAUUGAUUCAAACUCAUGUGAACUUGAAAAUUGAGUGUAAAAAAAGACAAGGACAAUUGAUAAAAGUUAUUGUUGCUUUGGAAAAUCUUAGGCUAACUAUUCUUCACCUUAACAUCACAUCUUCUGAGUCUUCUGUCUUCUACUCCCUAAAUCUCAAGAUUGAAGAAGAGUGUAAGCUAGGCUCAGCAAAUGACAUAGCAGAAGCAGUUCAUGAAAUAUUCAGCUAUAUUAAUGGCAGCUAAAGGGAAGUAGUUUUUAACCAUAGGAAAAGAGUGUGUAGCAGAAGAAUAAAGGACAAAUCAUUGAAAUGAAGGCUGGGGUUACGGGGAACACAGGGCACCAAUUUAUUGUCUACAUUUCAAUGUCAAUGUAUCAUUUUUAUUAUUAGCUUUUGAUCAGAAAAUAGAGAUAGGGUGGAUGGAAUGUCAUGUUAAAUCUUUGCUGCUCAAAUAGUCUCACUCUUUAUUUAAUUGGAAUGAUACUUACUAGUAUGUGUUUCUAAUUCAUUUCUUAAUUCCUUUUUAA